AAACUUGGCAACCCUGUUUGUGAGAGUGAGUGGGAAAUAAAUGACACACAGCAGGAGGCAUCACGGUUGUACAACUACAGGCUGCAGUCUCUUUGUCCCGGGGAGGAUUGUGGGAGGUGUAGUUGUGUAACCGCUGGAGAGAGUGUCAGGUUGUUGAGAUCACUGACUAUUGAGGGGUCUCACAGCUCACGUUACGGCCCCUCCCCCCAGCUCUGACAAUUGGAUACGUGGAGCCGCCGCUGCUGGAGCUGAAAGUGCGCCCGGAGGAGGGAGGCCGGGAUGAGCCUGGGACUCGGGAAGAGGCGACACAAUGCGGUUCCGCUGGAAGCUCCUCGGGAGUCUCCUGUGUCUCUCGGGGCUGCUGCUUCUUCUCUACCGGCUCCUCAGCACCGCGCAGCCUCCCCCGGGCUCCACCUCCAGCCAGGGAAGCCCCCCACUUAUUAUCACCCCAAAUAUUAGCGGCUCCCCCGCCGCCGGCUACUUCAGGGCGCUGCACGAUCACAUGACCCGCCGCAGGGACAAGAAGAAGGAGGAGGAGAACUGGACAAAAGUCAGAGCUCCCCAGCAAAAGCCAAAAACCCCCACGCCUGAGGAAUGGAUGCAUCUCGCUGUUGUUGCCUGUGGGGAUCGCGUGGAGGAAACCGUAACCAUGUUGAAAUCGGCGGUGCUUUUUAGCUUUAAAAAAAUAAAGUUCCACAUCUUUGCAGAGGAUUCUUUGAAAUCAGAUUUUCAAAAGAAGCUUGAGAAAUGGCCCCGGCAGAUCUCCAGAAAGAUCGAAUACAAGAUUUACCCCAUUACAUUCCCAGUAGGAAACGCCCAGGAGUGGAAGAAACUGUUCAAGCCGUGUGCAGCUCAGCGUCUCUUCCUCCCGAUGCUUUUGCGAUACGUGGAUUCCCUGCUGUAUGUGGAUACGGAUGUUCUGUUCCUGAGGCCCCUGGACCACAUCUGGGCUUUUCUGAGACGCUUUAAUGACACCCAGCUGGCAGCCAUGGCACCAGAGCACGAGAUAUCAAAGAUCGGCUGGUACAGUCGUUUUGCCCGGCACCCGUUUUAUGGGACGGCUGGGGUCAACUCUGGAGUGAUGCUUAUGAACCUUACUCGUAUUCGCAACCAACAGUUCAAGAAUAACAUGAUCCCAGGUGGACUGACUUGGGAAGAAAUGCUUCAUCCUUUAUAUCAGAAAUAUAAGAACUAUAUCACAUGGGGCGAUCAGGAUUUAUUGAACAUCAUUUUUUACUUUAACCCAGAGAUGCUGUAUGUUUUUCCCUGCCACUGGAAUUACAGACCAGAUCACUGUAUGUACGGCAGUAACUGUAAAGCAGCAGAGGAAGAGGGAGUGUCCAUUCUUCACGGCAAUAGGGGAGUAUACCGUGAUGAAAAGCAGCCUGCCUUCAAGGCUUUCUAUGAAGUCAUACGUGAUUACCCUUUUGACGACAAUCUCUUCCAGUCAAUGUAUUUCCCCCUUCAGUCGAAGUUCCUAGAGAGCGUUCAUACUUUGUGUGGCCGGAUCCCCCAGGUGUUUCUCAAGCAGAUUGAAAAGACCAUGAAGAUGAUGUACGAGAGACGUGUUGUUGUCCACAUAAGAUCCCAUGUAUGACAUCAUUCCUUUGCCUUCAU